UUGGAAUUUUAAAAGUUGAUGAGGGUAUAUGGUAAAAUUCCAUCAUGGAUUUAUGACAUGUUACAAAUCCCACAUCAAUAUGUAGGAUUUACAAGUCCGUGGAGUUCAUGGAUUUGGACUCUUCUCUUAAAAUUCGUGAGCCCCAUGGAUUUGAUCAUUAAAAGAAAUGCAAGCAAACAAUGAUUUUUUUUUAAAAUCCAUGAUGAAAUGGAUUUGGGUACCAAAUCCAUCCUCUAAAUCCAAAGCAAACGGCCCCUAAAUUUCAUAUGUCAUGUGAUUGUCCUUUUUGUAUUUUCUAUCUCUUCUAUCCACACCUUACUAAAAUUCAAUAUAUUAUAUUUUACAACAUUUAUUGACCAAUUAGGUUUAGGAUUAGCACAUUUACCGACCGUUUGAUACCAAAUGAAUCGAGAAUUCAAUUCAUUGUAAAAUGAAUUACCGUGUAGAAUUCAUUGUCAAAUGAAAUCCUAUGUUUGGUAUGUUAUAUUCAAAUCAUUGAAGUGGGGUGUAGAAUUCAUUGUCAAAUGAAUUUCUGUGUUUGGUAUGUCAUAUGUGUAUAAGUAAUUUAGUUAAUAAAGGAGGAUAAUAAUGUCAUUCUAUUAUAAUUAGUAAAUAAUUGUAGAAUUCAUUUGGAAAUUCUAUCUCAAUUUCUCGUAAUUGCUAUAACUAGUUCCAAUUCCGUAGAAUUCAAAAUUUAGAAUUGAAAAUGAAUUCUUUUUAAUACCAAACACAAAAAUAUUUCAUUUCAAAAUCAUUUCCUCAAAAUUUAUGGAAUUCAUUUAUACCAAAAGAUAUGUUAGGCACAAAAUUUGACUAGUUUGAUGCAAAGCAAAUUAGGGUUGGCAAUAGUUCAAUGAUUCACCAUUUUUUUUUACAGUAAAUGCAAUAACUCAACCGGUAUUCUAGGCUGGCUGGAUAGGAUUUUGAAUGAUGGAAACGAUGUCGUCGAAGCAGAUUAUUUACCAAGGAAAACAAAUAAUUUACCAAACCCAGGUUCGCCGAUCCGACGCCGUAGCAGCCAUCCCCACCACCGCCCAAACCUAAUGGUAAAUGGCAACAGCCCUAUAACGAACUUCCUCACCUCUGCCUCUCGUUCCCAACCCGCCAGCGCCCUUUGCUUGCUCACCGCCGUUUGCACCUCUCGCCGACUGUCCCCUCCGCCGGUCCUUUUAUCCAGCCGCCCGCACGACGUCAUCGGCGAUAAGGAAGCAGGCCGCAGCGAGAAGUCGAGACCGCCAUUGGGAUAAUUGCAAAAAGCGAAUGACGAGACGGCUAUGACAACACAACUGCAGAGGAGCUUCUUAUCCAUCUCCUCUGCUUCCUCUUCUUUCUUGCCUUCGCCGUCCUCUUCUCCCUUGCUAGCUUUGCGGUUUAAUUCCCUGAUGUCCAAGUGCGGGAUGCUGCAGAAUGUUUCUGGGUUCGGGUUAUUGUCUACUUCCCAGUUUGUGAAUCGUCAGAGGUGCAGGAACUUCACGCAACUUAGAGUUAGAGCGCCCAGGUUGUCGUCGGGCACGGUGGCUGAUGUAUGUAUCUCCGGGUAUCCUCGACUUGUUACUCCCAGGACCACCUCAUGUUGCUGGGCUUUGAAUCGAGAGGUUGGAUUGACUGCACAUGGUUAUGGAGCUAUCCCGACGAGGAAUUUCUCUCAAUCGCCGGAAGCGGCUGAAAAGAAUUUCACUAAGGGAAAACGUUCGAAGGGUUCAAAGGCUUGGGCUGCAAAGAGGAAGAACAGUUCUGCUCACACUAGCGUCUCAGCCUCCGAUGAUGUUGAGGCCUUGAACUCCAGCGAUCAUACGAAUGGGAGCGUGCCUCUUAAAUCAUCUGUUUCAGCUCCUUCUGCUACUGAGGCCUCCGAAGUCAAUGGAAAACCGAAGGCAAGAAGCAAGAAAGGAAAAAAGAAACUUUCUGCUGGUGCUGCUGAUUCUGCCAAAACUAGUUCAGAAGAGAAGAAGUCAACUGAAAAGGCAUCCGAAAAACUGCUGGAUGUUUCAGCUUCUACAAAACAGAAGGUCAAGAAGAAAAGUACUAACUCUCGGAGGAAGGGCAAAUCGGCAACUGUUGGUGAUGAGUCAGUUGAGAAGCAAAAACCUCAGCAGAUGAGCAACUUGAAGCCUCCUAAACAAGGGACCUUGAAACAGUUGUAUCCUCCUACUGGGAAAUCUGUUGUAGUGGUUGAAUCUGUUACAAAGGCAAAGGUCAUUCAAGGGUAUCUUGGCAGUAUGUAUGAAGUACUGCCUAGUUAUGGCCAUGUCCGGGACUUAGCUGCAAGGUCAGGAUCCGUUCGCCCUGACGAGGACUUUAGCAUGGUGUGGGAGGUUCCUUCUGCUGCCUGGACUUAUCUUAAGAGCAUUAAAGUCGCUCUAAGUGGAGCAGAAAAUCUUAUUCUUGCGUCAGACCCUGAUCGUGAAGGAGAGGCUAUUGCUUGGCAUAUUACUGAGAUGCUGCUGCAGCAGGAUGCUCUACAUGAGGGUAUCAAUGUUGCAAGGGUUGUCUUUCAUGAAAUAACAGAAAGCUCAAUUAAAAGUGCUUUGCAAGCCCCAAGACAUGUUAAUGUAAACUUAGUACAUGCUUACUUGGCAAGACGUGCUCUUGAUUAUCUGAUUGGAUUCAACAUUUCACCAUUAUUAUGGAGGAAAUUACCAGGGUGUCAAUCAGCAGGGCGUGUGCAAUCAGCUGCCCUUGCUCUUAUUUCUGACAGGGAAGCUGAAAUUGAUGAGUUUAAGCCACAGGAAUAUUGGAGCAUCGAGGCUAAGUUGAAUAAAGAAGUACAAGGUUCUGCCCUCAGUGCACGCUUGACCUGUUUUGAUUCGAAAAAGCUGAAUCAGUUCUCGUUUAGUUCUGGUAAGGAGGUAGAGGACGUUGAACAGAAGAUUAAAGCUACACAAUUUGAAGUAGUUGGCUGCAAAAAAGGGCAAAUGCGAAGAAACCCUCCCACUCCAUAUAUCACAUCAACGCUUCAGCAAGAUGCUGCAAACAAAUUACAGUUUAACACAUCAUACACUAUGAAGCUUGCACAAAAACUUUAUGAAGGGAUUGAGUUGUCAGAGGGGAAGGCAAAGGGAUUGAUUACGUAUACCAGAACUGAUGGUCUUCAUAUUUCAGAUGAAGCUCUCAAGGAUAUACGCUCUCUGAUCACUGAAAGGUAUGGCCCGGAUUUUGCAUCAGCAAGUGCACGCAAGUAUUUUAAGAAGGUGAAGAAUGCACAAGAGGCCCAUGAAGCAAUCAGACCAACCGACAUUAAGAUGUUCCCAUCAAUGCUUGCCGGUGUUCUUGACGAGGAUGCGUUGAAGUUAUACACUCUUAUCUGGUCUCGCAGUGUGGCAUGCCAAAUGGAGCCAGCUAUAGUCGAACAGUUGCAAGUGGACAUUGGAAAUGUUAGCAAGUCAAUCAUAUUUAGAUCUUCGUGUUCAAGAGUUGCAUUUCGUGGCUACCAAGCAGUGUAUCAGGAUGUCGAAACUAGAGUUCUAAGAGGCAAAGAAGAUGAGGAGGACCCUCAUCAAGAAGCUUCUGGAGACCUUAAUUCUUUGAAGGAAGGGGAUGCCUUGUCUAUUGCUGCAGUUGAAUCCAAGCAGCACUUUACUCAGCCUCCACCGCGCUAUUCCGAAGCAUCAUUGAUUAAGAAGCUCGAGGAACUUGGGAUUGGAAGACCUUCAACUUAUGCCAGCACAUUGAAAGUUUUACAGGACAGGAAAUAUGUGGUGACGAAAAGCCGUGUGAUGUACCCAGAAUUUCGUGGUCGAAUGGUCUCAGCAUUUCUCUCAAACUAUUUUACGGAGGUCACAGAUUACAGCUUUACUGCUGAUAUGGAGACUGAGCUUGAUAAUGUUUCUGCUGGACUUACUGAAUGGAAAGGUCUUCUUAGAGAUUAUUGGACAAGAUUUAGCUCAUACUGCAGCAGUACCGAAACUGUCCACAUUCAUCAAGUGGAGAAAAUGUUAGAAAAAAAGUUUGGCGACCAUUUGUUUGGCUCACUCCGUUCCGAAAGCAGGACUUGCCCGAGUUGUAUGGAGGGCACUUUGAUUUUCAAAGUGAGUAGGUAUGGUGCAGGUUACUUCAUCGGCUGUGAUCAGCAUCCAAAGUGCAAGUACAUUGCCAAGACAUUGCUUGGAGACGAAGAAGAUGAAGAACCUCCCCAAAAUGCUGGUACGGUGGAGGAGCCAAAAGUAUUAGGUCUUCAUCCAAUUUCCAAGGAAAAGAUUUUAUUGAAGAAAGGUCCUUAUGGUUUCUACAUUCAGCUUGGGGAAGAUAAGAAGGACUAUAUCCCUAAAAGAACAUCCGUAUCCCAUAUAAAGGAGGUGGAUGCCAUUACACUGGAGGAGGCUCUAAAAUUGUUGCGCUACCCAUUGACAUUGGGAGACCACCCAAAGGAUGGACAUCCUAUAAUAUUAAAGCUUGCAAAGAAUGGGUUUAAUAUUAGACAUCGACGCACAAUUGCCUCCGUCCCCAAGAACGUGGAUCCAGACGAGUUAACCGUGGAGAAAGCGUUGGAGUAUUUGUCAAGUAACGAUGUUAGAAGAAGCGGGCGACCCAAGAGGCAACCCAAGGUUGAAGAACCUGCAGCAGUGGAAGCAACAUAGACGGAAAGCCAGUGGAAGCUGCUUUUCGCUGAAACAGCCCUAUUGCAAAUGCCGAGUUCAGUAGCACACAAUCCCGGGAACUCGACGAAGGAGGACCGUGCAAGUAGUUUUCACUCCCGGACCCUCGUUUGGCACACCUGUAUUUUGCAGAACCGGGAUGAGAUUGUUUUUGUGAUGAAUGGGAGUAAGCAAAUUUUGGUUGAAGAAACUUGGAUUAGUUUAUUUUUGUAGUGAAUUCUUAUUUUCCCGAAUAAAUUUUCAUGACAUGUAGUAGCUAAGAAAGGAAGUCUUGUAUAGACAUAAGUUGAGAGUUCACAUACAUUUCUAUAGAAACUAGAUAAUUGGAUUAUUGGAGGUUUUGGUGCUCAGAUCUCUGCGUCAUUUGAUUAAAGUCUUUUUUUCUGUGGGGGAGUAUUAGUUGAAUGGUUGCAUUCGUCAAAACAUCAUUUAGAUUUGGUGACCUGACUUGAUGAAAUUGAUUUCUUUUUUGCACAAUCAAGUUCAUCUGGACGACUAAGUUAAAAAUGACGAAUUAUGUUAGUAUCUAUGAUUUUGAGAAAGGGUAAUCAAAUUUGAAGGCCGCAAGUAGAAGUGAGAUGGUUCGGUUCAAACCAAACUCUUGUAUUCAAUCCAUUUGGUUAGGUCCAAAUAUCAGUUCCGUCUAAUAUAUUUUCACAAAGUUGAGUUUGGUCCAAGUAACAAAUCAGUGCAAUCCAACCAAAGUUGAUUUUGGUCCAAUAUCCAAACCAUUGUACACCCCUAGCAGUACUAUUAAUCUAUUAGCAAAGUGCAAACGAACAGAAGAAGGCCAAAUAUGAAGGCCACAACACAGCUGAAUUAUGUCAAAGAGUUCUUUUUCAUUCAAGAAAAGGUGACACAUUUAUACAAUCAAAUAACCAAUGCUGAAUGGGGGAAUGGCAAAGAGAAGACAGCCAACAGUUCAUCAUUUUUAAUUAAUUUUUGCUGUAUAAUGCUACAUUGAAAAGGUAGGGCUGACGUCACGUCACUGGUAAGCUGCAGCCCCGAUAAGCACCAUGCUGAUCCCUCCUGGGCUUGGAAUUCGACCAUCGUUUUCAUUCUGCACUUCAUAAAACCACAAAUAAGCAAACAGGGAGAAAAAAAAAAGGCGAAUCUUGAAAAGAAGGGAGGAAGAGUAGUAGCCUCAGAGAUCUUGGUGGUAAAGAAUCAUCAUUGAUGAGACAAAGCUCACAGUCAAGAGUAGCAAAUAUAUAGAUUCUACAUCACCGGCCCCAUUAUUAUUGACUCUUCCUCCCAACCCAGUUCAAGUUCAGUACUUUACCAUCUCUAUCCAAUCAGACCAGUUCAAGUUCAAUACUUUACCAUCUCUAUCCAAUCAGACAUGCAUUGGGGGAAAAAACGAUAGGAAGGAAGGAGAACGAUUUGAAAUACAAAAAUGAAGGCGGAUGAGGUUAAGGGUCAGAAGUAGCUGGUGAUUAAUCACUAUAUAGAUUCAGUGGGAAUCCGUCUGAUUUCUUUCAUCACCCCCCAUCUCCUCUCUACCUUCAUACUCAUGGUUAAGCUUAUUCGAAAGAAGAAGAAAAAGAAAACGAAACCAGAAGAAGAAGAAGAAGAAGAAGAAAAAUUGCGGGGAAAGAAAGUGUAUGUAUCAACCUUGUCACCGACAAUCCCCAGGGGAGAGGAAGGUCGGAGCUAAAAGGCAGAGGCGCAGUGGAGUCUAUAAUCCACGGCGCACUCUUUCACUUUCGCCUGACGAUAGAUUCCCUUCAGAGAUCUACUAACGGACCGAAAUCCAGAUCAGGGAAUUGCAAUAUCAGGCAAGAAUGAAUGAUCACUAACUCAAUACAGACAGAGAGAAAGAAAAGCAAGCAAGCAGCUACGCCAUGAAUCGUUGAUGCAGAAAGAAAGCUGGUAGCUUCUUCUUUCUCCUCCCCCAAAUCCCCAAUUGGUGGCGAUGCCUACAUACAAUACACACUGCCGCCGGUU